CUCAUCGGCAUGACGCGCGUCGGCGGCGCCGUCGUGUCGCCGGACGGCACGCAAGCCGUGCUCCACUCCAAGGUCUACGACUUCGACGCCAAGAAGUUCGACGAGACGCUCUGGCUCGUCGACGUCGCGGAGACGAGCGGCGCGGCGCUCGCGGCGCACGCGCACCUCACGCCGCUCGUCAAGGGCUCGCAGCAUUCCUUCGCGUCGGCCAACAGCCCGCAAUGGUCGCCCUGCGGCAAGUUCGUCGCGUUCCUGAGCAACCGCGGCAAGGAGGGCGAGAAGACGAGCGUCUGGACCGUGCCCGUCGCCGGCCCCGGCGAGGCGACGCUCCUCAAGCGCUUCCCCGUCUCCGUCGGCGACCUCGCGUGGGAGGCGGACGGUCUCGUCGUCAGCGCGGGCGUCUACCUCGACGAGGACGACGCGCUCAACGGCACGGCGACGCGCGACGACAAGAAGGCCGAGGGCGGCCUCAACGCCCACGUGUUCAAGCGCCUGCCCGUGCGCGAGUGGGACCGCUGGGUCGACGCCAAGUUCGCGCACCCCUUCUUCCAGCCCGUGUCGUUCGAGGGCGGCGCCUACGUCGCCAAGGGCGCCGCCGUCGACGGCCUCGCCAAGGUCGCGACGGCCUGCCCCAGCGGCGCCUUCGGCGGCUCCGAGGACUGGUCCAUCGCACCCAACGGCGCCGUCGCGCUAUCGUGCCGGCCGCCGCUGGCCGCCGACGAGGCGUGGACGACGAACCGCCACGUCUACCUCAAGGACUCGUUCGCCGCCGAGGGCGCCGCGUGCCUCACGGAGGGCAACCCGGGCUACGACUUCAGCCCGGCCUUCUCCAAGGACGGCUCGAAGCUCGCCUGGCUCACCAUGGCGGGCGCGCAGUACGAGGCCGACGCCAUCGGCAUCAAGCUCUACGACGUCGCGACGAAGGCGACGACGGACCUCGUGGCCGCCGACGCGGACUUCGCCUACUCGCCCCAGUCGCUCCACUGGUCCGGCGACGGUUCGAAGAUCUACUUCACGGCGGACGUCCGCGCGCGGCGCCGCCUCUGCGUCGUCGACGUCGCGUCGCGCGCCGUCGAGAUCCUCGGCAGCGCCGCCGACGGCUCCAUCAGCGUGCACGGCGAGAUCGCCGGCGGCCUGCUCGUCUCGCGCGACUCCUUCGGCGCGCCGCCGGAGCUCUACCGCUGCGGCGUCGACGGCGCGGGCCUCGAGCAGCUCACGUUCUUCAACGAGGCCAAGCUCGCCGCCGUCGACCUCGGCGUCGCGGAGGACGUCAGCUUCUUCAACCCACGCCCGGGCCGCGAGUCGCCCGAGGGCGCGGACAUCCAGGCCUACCUCCUCAAGCCCGCGAACUUCGACGCGAAGAAGAAGUACCCGCUCGCCGUCGUCAUCCACGGCGGUCCCCAGGGCUCCAUCGGCGACGACUGGCACUACCGCUGGAACCUGCAGUCCUACGCGUCCGCGGGCUUCGGCGUGCUGGCCGUCAACUUCCGGGGCUCGACGGGCCUGGGCCACGGCUACUGCCGCGACAUCUCGGGCGACUGGUCCAUCGGCCCGGACGACACCGUCGCUGGCGUGCGACACGUGCUCGAGACCUACGACUGGAUCGAUCCGUCGCGCGUCGCGGGGCUCGGCGCGUCGUACGGCGGCUUCUCCGUCAACUACUUGAACGGCCACGCGCCCGAGGGCAUGUUCAGGUGCCUCGUGAACCACGACGGCGUCUUCGACCUGCGGUCCGCGUACUGGUCCACGGAGGAGCUCUUCUUCAUGGAGAAGGAGUUCGGCGGGACGCCCUACGCGCCCGAGAGCCAGCUGCCGGAGUCGCCGUACCAGAAGGUCUCGCCCGCGGCCGCGGUCACGAACUGGAAGACGCCGACGCUCGUCAUCCAGGGCGACAAGGACUUCCGCCUCGUCACGGCCGAGGCGCUCGCGACGUUCACGGCCCUCCAGCGCCAGGGCGUCGAGAGCGAGCUGCUCUUCCUCCCGGACGAGAACCACCACUGCCUCAACCCGCAGAACAGCCUCGUCUGGCACCACGCGGUCCUCUCCUGGAUCAAGAAGCACACG